CAUCUCAAUAUAAUAUAAUAAUAACAGUAUCAAAACGUCUUGUCUAACUCUUUAUCUAAUCCUUUUUCUUUUGGUUUCGGUAUAUUCUAGUUAAUUCUUCAUCCGAUUUCUGUAUAUUCCUUGUUAAUUCUUGGUCGUUGCAAAAUUAGAUGGCUAGGCACGAGGAAUUACCAAUUCCAGUAUUCAGUGAUGUUGAGCCAGUUUAUGGCAGUGGAUCACAGCUUGAAGAAGCUCAACUGCGAUUCAAGAAUUUGAAGGCUAAGUUCAUUGACUUCUUUGGCCAACCCCCUCAUGUUUACGCUCGAUCCCCAGGGAGAGUGAACUUGAUUGGAGAACACAUAGACUAUGAGGGGUACUCUGUGUUGCCUAUGGCAAUUAGGCAAGACACAAUUGUGGCGAUUCGGAAACACGACUCUAAUGAGGCUGAGAAGCUUCUUCGAAUUGCCAAUGUGAAUAGUGACAAGUACUCUUUGUGCACUUACCCUGCUGAUCCUCUCCAGGAGGUUGAUCUGAAGAAUCACAGAUGGGGUCAUUAUUUCAUUUGUGGGUACAAGGGGUUCUAUGAGUAUGCCAAUUUGAAAGGGAUAGAUGUUGGUGAACCCGUUGGGCUUGAUGUUAUUGUUGAUGGUACAGUUCCAACAGGUUCUGGACUUUCGAGCUCUGCAGCAUUUGUUUGCUCUUCCACGAUUGCUAUAAUGGCUUCAAUUGGUGUUAACCUGCCCAAGAAAGAAAUUGCUCAACUCACAUGUGAAUGUGAAAGGCAUAUUGGGACUCAGUCUGGUGGAAUGGAUCAGGCCAUCUCUGUUAUGGCACAACCUGGGUUUGCGGAGCUGAUUGAUUUCAAUCCUAUACGUGCAACUGAUGUACAACUCCCUGCUGGUGGAACUUUUGUGAUAGCCCAUUCAUUAGCGGAAUCACAAAAAGCAGUUACCGCUGCAGUUAACUACAAUAAUCGGGUUGUUGAAUGCCGACUAGCUGCUAUUGUACUGGGCAUUAAGCUGGGGAUGGAACCUCAGGAGGCAAUAUCUAGUGUAAAAACUCUUUCUGAUGUUGAAGGGUUGUGUAUAACAUUCGCUGGUAGACACGGUUCUUCUGACCCUGUCCUUGCUGUCAAGGAGCUAUUGCAUGAGGAACCAUAUACCAUCAAAGACAUUGAGAAUAUCACUAAGGAAAAGCUGGAAACAAUCUUUGCUGCUUCACCGACUUCUUUGGAUGUACAUCGUGCUGCUAAGUAUUACAAGUUGCAUCAGAGAGCUGCCCAUGUAUAUUCUGAAGCCAAACGUGUGCACGCUUUUAAAGACACCGUAUCGUCAGAAUUAAGUGACGAAGCUAUGCUGAAGAAGUUAGGUGACCUUAUGAACGAGAGUCACCAUAGCUGCAGCGUUCUUUAUGAGUGCAGCUGUCCAGAAUUAGAAGAACUUACGAAGAUUUGCCGAGAUAAUGGUGCUCUUGGAGCUAGGCUUACAGGAGCUGGAUGGGGUGGUUGUGCAGUGGCUUUGGUGAAAGAGAGCCUUGUUCCACAGUUUAUACUUAAUUUGAAGGAGCAAUUCUAUCAAUCAAGGAUUGACAAAGGAACAAUCAGUAAGAAUGAUCUUGGCUUGUACAUUUUUGCAUCCAAGCCCUCAAGUGGUGCUGCCAUUUUCAAAUUUUAGGACUUGUUACACUAGUUAAUUUUAUCACCUUAAACAUAAAUAAAGGUAAUUAUGUUUACGCAGACCAAUUGUACACUUCAUGAAACUCAUUGGAUGUUUUUUAAUUUAAUUUAUUAGUUACAUGCUUUAGCUCCA